AGGCCACCUCUCCUGCUUUUGGACACUCCUGUCAAUUUCGAUUGUAAAGUAGUACCUGUUUCUUGUACUAAAGUUUAUUUCUAGAAGAUUCAGAAUUUGUAUUCGAAAAUUUAUUCACUGCGUAUGUUCCUGUUCCACCCGCAGAAGUUUGUUGGCCGUACAAAUCUAGUAACCACAUCAACUCUGAUUGUCAACCCGUAGCCGUACGACAAAUAAGUACCCGCAAUUCGGCUUUAUCAGACUUGUUUUGACUUGCGAUACCCCUCCCGAUUUGUGAUUUUUUCUCCAACAUGGUCACCCUCGCACUCGCUCUCUUCGUCUUCUGACCCUAGAAAUACACAUUUCUCUAGACGAAUCAGCCGUGUUUCUUGGAACACCGCAUUUCAAAUACUGACCUUUCAAGCAAUAUACGAGGAAUUUUAGAAAGUUUUCCAGAACAAGCAAAAUAACAUCAACAUAUUGCGACGACGAGAACCAGCACCCGGGAAAGCACCCAAUCUACUUCACGCAACUGUUUUCUCCUCGACGCAUCCGGCACAACUGGCGACAUUUUGGUGAGCCCAGAGAAGAACUACGUGAGCGACGUCUGAUUUAGGCUGGAAAAGUGGUCAAUGAAGUGCUGAGCUGCUAUCACUUCAGCAGGUACUACUUGUACUACAAUUGCGACUUGCAUCUUUUAUUUUGCUGUACGACAAUUUUCAUCUCUAUUUCAGGUUCGCUUCUUUUCAUGCAGCAAUCUUCUUCAGCCCGAGCCCCCAAUCCCGAUCCCAAUUUCGUCAACAUGAACAUCUUCCCAAAUAAAGUACAUCAAAAAAACAGGACGCGUCUAUCAACCUUGAUACUAGGCUGUCUUCAAUCACCACCCAUUGUAGCAGCUGCUUACGGAGGUGGACAACCGCAGCACGCAGAAGAUGACCGAAGAAAACGACUCUCCGCAGGCUGGGACGGCACAGUAUUCAUUUAUUUGUUCUGUUCAUGCAGCGCGUUACAGGCACAAAAACAAAAACUGUAAUACCGCUUUAACUUCAUUCCAAAAAUAUUAAACUAGUAGUACACAUCAACUCAUAAAUUUAACACAGGCCUGAUUCCAUUCCCGCCCUCCCCACCAGCCACGCGAUCAAGAAAGCCGCCUCCAAAGCGGGCCCUCCGAGUAGAACCUCCGCCCCGGCAGAGCUCAUGACGGCAAAGCCCAUUCCGAAACGGACGUCAGUGAGUGAUAUUACGCCUCCAAGGGCCGCGGGUGCGCCAGCUUCUAACCCUUUCCACGAGGAUGAUAUGCACCAGGAGCCCGAGGCUAAUAUCAGAGGACCGAGGUGGGACGAGCAUGAUCAAGUAGACCGUGAACAACAGCAAGAUAAAAACCCAAAGCAGAACCAAACGCCCGCUGCAAAUAGCGGUCGUGGUUCUACUGCUUUUCAGUACCCGGAUAUCCCACGAAAAAAGUGUUACAGUUACACAUUUGUAGUGAAUUCAGCAACACAAAUUUCUCUGCAUGAGAGAGAAAACUUGUAAUGGAGAAAUCCUACGGGAAACCACCUGUGAAACGAGGAUCCUAUGCAUAUCCGGCAUGACAGAGCUUGUCUGUCUUGCUUGGCCUGCAACACAGUGUGUAACUGUAACGCUUUUUUCCUGCGAUGCCAGACCUGUCGAACUCGAAACGGGUAGUUGACCAGGAUCUGCGGCCCCCGAAGAACAGCGGAGGCGCAGCGCCAGGUGUAGUUGACCAGAACGAAGAUAUUAACCACUCAAACCCCGCACCCCCCGCGGUUAGCAAAGUAGCCCCGCCGGCGAUUGUUCACCCGAUGGACAACCCAGCAUUGCAGCAGCAGGUGCAGAAAAACCCCAAGCUGGCGGCCCUGAUCGCGCAACAUUGCCGAAGCACCGGGUGGCGGUUGCCUCCGCCAAAAAGCGUUCCGGGGUCGAAGGAAGGCAGCGAACAGCAGCAACAGACUGACAAUGCUGAAAGCCUCGUGCGGGUUCCGAAGGGCGAGAUUGUACCGGCGAAAGCAUCCUCGAUCAAAGCGGCCGCGCCGCCGCCCGUCGUGGUGGACCAAAAUCAAGCUGUACAAAAUCCACCUGCGGAAGAACUUUUGCCAACGCACAGAACUACAACUCCCGCCGCCCAGCGCAUUGCCCGGGAUCUCCCCCCGGCGUCGCAGACGUUCACUUGUCCCCCCGAAGAACUCAUACCCUUAGAAGUGCAGACGACAUACGCGGUCCGCACCGGCGAGGCUUUGAUCAUGAACCCCGAUGGAAGUAUUGGUACUUUUUCUAUACCCAGUACUGUUUCUAUGAACCUGCCCCGAGGAGACGAACAAAUGGAAACUAACCAUCCAAACCAAGACGAAAACCACCACCGCCGCAGGACGCCCCGGAGCAGGACGGACGACCGGAGACAGCACAACGACCGUGGCAGCGCACGAGAAACUACGUCAAACAACUAUCGUGCGGCGAGGAACAACAGUCGCAGCCGCGGACGAGGUGGUCGUCGGGAACAACAGUCGCAUCACGGAGAUCAUGCUGACCGUCGGGAAAAUUAUGACCGCCACCGUGCGGCCCCUGCCCGCAGUACUAGAGAUCACGAAUCCCAAUCCGUCCAAGGCACUACUACGCGAAAGAACCACACCAGCCGCGGCCGAGACAAUAAUUAUCGGGGCAACCGCCACGUCGACCAGGAGGCGGAACAGAGACGAGAACGGGAAGAACGACUACAACGGCAGGAGCAGGCGGAGCGCGACGAGCAGAACGCGCUGUGGGCCGCGCAGCAGGAGGCGCGGCUGAAGAAGCUGCGGGAACAAGAAGAACUUGCGAAAAAAGCGCAGCGUGAGGCAGAACAGGAAGCUCGGCAGCGCGAGGAGUUGCGGAUCCAGCAAGAACGGGACCGGGCCGCGAGGGAACGGGAGGCACAGCGCGUCCGUGAGCAAAAGGAGGAGCGCGAGCGGGCGGAGCGCGAGCGGGCGGAGCGCGAGCGGGCGGAGCGCGAACGGGCGGAGCGCGAACGGGUGGAGCGCGAACGGGUGGAGCGCGAGUUGGAACAAAUGCGAAUGCGGCGGGCGCAGGAAGAACGGGACCGGGCGGAGGAGCUGCAGCGCGCGCGGCAGGAGUGGGCAGAGCAAGAGCAGGCGCGGGUAGAGCGGGAGGAGCGGCGGGUGCGACGAGAGCGGGAGGAGCGCGAGCGGGCGGAAACAAGGGAGAAACAGCGCGAAGAAGAAGAGGAACUACGACGGCGGAGGGACAGGGAGAGUAGAGACUACAAUAAGAACUACGCUGUGAACAAAAAUAAUCAUACCAGAGCUUCUUCUCGGGAUAGAGAUAUCGUUCAAAACAACGAGAAAAAGAAGGACUUCUCGUCUUCUAGAGAACAACGCCGGCACACGACCAAGAUGAAUACCGCACAGAAUAGUAGAAAUAUGACCGACUCGAGAGGAAGAGGGCAACAACAUCCCAGUAGAGACCACAGCCGGGGAAGAACAGGUAACAACGCCAACAACAACCUCCGAGGAGCCGUAGAUGCACGUAGUACUAAAACCCAACCACCCGCCGCCUCGGGCCCACGAGGUACGAGCAGCCGCCGGCGCGGAGGCCGCGAACCAGGUGCUGGUUCGUACCGCCAGCACCGUGAGGAGCGCCGGAAUGACAUUAUCCCGGAGCCCGACGAGGUUCUUUCGGAUCAAAUUCAAGAUAACAACUCAUCGGCCGCCACGAUGCGCGGUGGGCGUGACAAAAAUUACGAAAGGCACCACGACCACGACGGGUUCGAAAGAAGUGGUGCGCAGCACCAGAACAAGCGCAGGCGCGUUUCCUCUUCCGGAGGGGGCGCCGUUCCCACCACCUACAGCAGCUACAUGGAGCAGAAGCAGAUGGCUCCUGAACAGCCCUCCUCGAGGAUGAACUACGAGCAGCAAAACAAGCAGAAGGACAACCAGCACGAAGACGAGAUCUACAAGAUCGUUGCACCGCAAUUGCCCCCACACCUGCUGGAGACGCUGAACACGGUGAUAGCCAACCGAGGCGUGAAUCGUGCGAAAAAUCCGGCUGAUGCUGCAGCAGGAGUGGGGACGACGAACAGUACGCAACUUCUGCCAUCUAGUACAACUUCCGGCGACCAGGAUGCGAUUGGAAACGAGGACGUGGCGAACUUUUUUGCAUCCAAGGAAGAGGUGACGAUCAUAAAGGCGAACGGCAUGGCAGUCAAGGGAAUCAUCGACGAAACCUUUAUUGCGACGAACACUGUGGGGCUGUUUUUCACCAAGCUGAUGGCGUUGAAAUAAGCGUUUUUUCAGCAGAGGUAUGUACUAGCAGGUUUUCAUUUGUCGUUCUUGUUUAUAGCAAUAGCACCGAACAAUAUGGAAUGCAGGUAGUUCUCGUCGAUAACAUCGUCGAGGAUGGAGCGCAGGAAUGACAUCGAGUUUUCUUGUUCUUGACAAAAAUACUUGCAAGAAUCUCCUAUAGUACGGAACAGGGACCUCCACACGGGUUCUUUUGUGCAGUAAUCAACAGCACCAAAAACAACGACCGCGACUUCAUAAGUGACAAGAACGAAACAUCAUAACCAAAGCUCAAGCUAGCUGCAACUGAGAAUACAACUUUGAUUUUAUGCAUUUAUUUUCGCUGGAGGAACAACGAGAAGAUGCUGCACAACGAGGUGUAGCGAAACAAAACUUUUUGAAGUUUAUUUUACUUACGACAAGGCGAAGUGCCAGCAAAUGCAAAUGAAAAAAAGCAACGCAACCCAUUUUUUACAGAAAAUAAGAGACCACGCCAGGUCGUGAUAUUAAUUUUUUGAGCAAAAAACAGACUUUUUUAGAAGAUUUUUUUUACCGCGCAAAAGCACGAAUUUAUUCAAAAAUCCGCUGUGUUUAGUUUUACCCCUCGACGCAGCCACAUAGAUACAGUUCUUUAUCCGCUGGAAUACGAGACAAUACAAAGCUUUACAUUGUUCACGACACUCACAUUUGAUGAUGCGCGCCCUAGUAUAAGAAAAAUUAU